UUCCCACGCCUGUUGUUGUGGCGUCUGCCCUUUUCGCUCACUCUCUCACCGUGUGUUGCUGUUAUCCGCCGCCUCCCCUUUUUCUCUGUCUUCCUCGCCCACCCCCUUUCUCUCCGUCUCCAUCGUCCCUACACCUCCAGUCGGCUUCUGUUGUCUCGGCAGAUUGUAGUGCGGUCGGAGCGAAAGGAUAUCGCGAGUAUUGGAGUUUUGGUGAGAGUUUGUGGAAGAUGGCGCCUGUUGUGACAGGGAAGUUCGGGGAGCGCCCUCAGCCACAGCGCCUAACAAGAGAAGCGAUGAGGAAUUACCUGAAGGAGCGAGGGGACCAAACUGUCAUGAUCCUGCACGCAAAAGUUGCACAGAAAUCCUACGGCAAUGAAAAAAGGUUCUUCUGCCCCCCGCCUUGUGUGUACCUGAUGGGCAGCGGCUGGAAGAAAAAGAAGGAGCAGAUGGAGCGAGACGGCUGCUCCGACCAGGAGUCGCAGCCCUGCGCCUUCAUCGGCAUCGGCAACAGCGACCAGGAAAUGCAGCAGCUCAACUUAGAGGGAAAGAAUUAUUGCACAGCCAAAACCUUGUACAUAUCCGACUCUGACAAGAGAAAGCACUUCAUGUUAUCGGUCAAGAUGUUCUACGGCAACAGCGCAGACAUCGGAGUCUUCCUCAGCAAAAGAAUCAAAGUCAUCUCCAAGCCCUCCAAAAAGAAGCAGUCCCUGAAAAACGCAGACUUGUGCAUCGCAUCGGGGACGAAGGUGGCGCUCUUCAACCGGCUGCGCUCCCAAACGGUCAGCACGCGCUACCUCCACGUGGAGGGGGGUAACUUUCACGCCAGCUCCCAGCAGUGGGGGGCCUUUUACAUCCACCUGCUGGACGAUGAAGAGUCAGAAGGAGAAGAGUUCACUGUGAGAGACGGUUACAUCCACUACGGCCAGACAGUGAAGCUGGUUUGCUCCGUGACGGGGAUGGCUCUGCCAAGACUGAUCAUUCGAAAGGUGGACAAGCAGACCGCUCUGCUGGACGCCGACGAUCCCGUCUCCCAGCUCCACAAGUGUGCCUUCUACCUGAAGGACACGGAGCGCAUGUACCUGUGCCUUUCCCAAGAAAGGAUCAUCCAGUUUCAAGCCACUCCAUGCCCAAAGGAACCGAACAAGGAGAUGAUCAACGACGGCGCCUCCUGGACAAUCAUCAGCACGGACAAGGCCGAAUACACCUUCUACGAGGGCAUGGGCCCUGUCCACUCGCCUGUCACCCCUGUGCCUGUGGUGGAGAGCUUACAGCUGAACGGCGGGGGGGACGUCGCCAUGCUGGAGCUGACGGGGCAGAACUUCACCCCAAACCUGCGGGUUUGGUUCGGAGACGUGGAGGCGGAGACCAUGUACAGGUGCGCAGAGAGCAUGCUGUGCGUGGUUCCCGACAUCUCCGCCUUCCGCGAGGGCUGGCGCUGGGUGCGGCAGCCCGUCCAGGUGCCCGUCACGCUGGUGAGGAACGACGGCAUCAUCUACUCCACCACGCUGACCUUCACCUACACGCCGGAGCCGGGGCCCAGGCCGCACUGCAGCGCCGCCGGGGCCAUCCUGCGGGCUGGGAACUCCAGUCUGCUCAGCGGCGGCCAGGAGGCCGGUGUCUACGGCUCCAACAGCACCUCCGGCGGGGGAGUCACCUCGUCGUCCUCAACCGCCGCCGCCGUGGUAUCCUAACGCCCGGCGAGGGGGGGGGGGGGGGGGGGGCCCAUUUGCCUUGAGAGCCGAUAUGCUAGAAAGGCAUAUAAAGACUAGAAGAAGCAAACUGUCUCACUCUAAAGUGCUGCAUUUUUGGAAGCUGAAGCCCGGCGGGGAUUAAGGACCAUCGGGGAGCGUGGCACCACUGAUCCCCGCCUCCCCGCCCCGCCCCCACUACCACAUUCUCCUAUGGUUACUUUAAGGACCCGCCCGACUCGUCCUGGUGUUCGGAUCGAGCGCCGUUCCCGCAGAGCACCAGCACCUUCCUUCCGCUGUGAGAAAACCGCAACAACAACACCCCCAAACCAAAAAACACACCCCCCACCUCCUCCGGAUUUCUCCGGACCCCCUUAAAGGAGGCCGGUUGUGUUGUUGUUGAAGGAAAAAGCGAGGACGCAGAGGGACGCACGUGGAAACGUGACCAUAACAUAGUUUUUAUGGACCAAUGAUCCUGUAUAAGCUUUAGUAAAGGUACAUUUUUCUCCAUACCUUUUUUAUAUUAAACAUAUAGUACACUUUUGUUACCAAAUAGUUUCUAUUCUUCCUCCGAGCUUGGGUGUCAAGGUUCUUUUUUGUUAUUUUUGUUGUUUGACUUUCUUCUCUCUGGUCCAAACUCCCAGCCUGUGUGUUCUUAGUGACCUUAACACAACCACCUGCUUCUCCUUCUGUGUGUUGAAACCGUUCGGAUUUUCUCUUCUGCUCGGUUUUGCUUUUGGGGGCUGGGUGGGAAAAACCUCACUGGGGCUCUUUUUUUUUUUUUAAUCAUUGGUUUUAUGAAGUCUUUAAAAAAGAAAAAAAAGCUUUAAGCAACGCCUCUGCCUUGCCUGCAAUACUCUUGUGUGCGCUCCUGGAAAGUCGACUCAGCCGUACGUCUGACAUGGAGCCACGGCUACAUCUAACCAUAGAGCAGAAGGGCCGCAACAAAAGGAGAAGAAGAAAUACAUUCACCAGAAUAAUGUCGUACAUUUAUGAAAGAAAGAAAAAAGUUGGAAUUUUACGAGGAUAAAGUCGAGGUAAAAGAAAAAAGUCUGAAUUGUACGUGAGACUGAAGCCAUUAUAUUAUGCGAAAAAAGUUAUUUUGCAAGAAUAAAGUCGUUUUGUGAAAUUUUUUUACAAGAAUAAAGCUGUAAUAUUAGGAAAAAAAUUGAAAUCUUAUGAGAAUAAAGUCACAAUAUUAUGAGAAGAUUAGUCGAAAAUGAAUGUGAAAAAAAGUCUGAAUAUUACAACAACAGAAAAUCUUUCUUUCUCAAAGAAAAGUAAUGAUGAUCACCAUGUUAUAUCAUCACCUGAUCAGAGGAAUCCAUGUCCCAUAAUGCCUUUGGAGCCUGAAUCUAUCAAAUUGAAGCAUUGCCUCCGCUGGAAAUCCACUCCUUGUGGAGCAAGAAUUAUUUUCUGAAAUUCUUUUCUACGUCUCAUACUUACAUUGUUAAAUAUUGACUCUUUUACUCAUACAAAUUUAUUUUCGUAAAAUUACGACUUUUCCUAUAAUCUUUUCUAUAUCUUUUUAUAAUAACUUUAUUCUCGUAUUUUCUUUUAUAAAUCAACUUUAUUCUUGUAAUAAUAUGACUUUUAAAAACCAGUUUCACUUGAUUCUCUUAAAUCUAUUUUUUUUUUCAUAGUACGACGUAGAUUUAAAGCCGUUUUCCUCAUAAUUUUAUGACUUGUCCUAAAUGUUUGACUUUUUAAAAAGUGAUAUUUCACGGCUUUAUUCUUGUCAAAUGACGACAUUGUUCUCAUUCUUGUACAGCUCUUGUAUUUAUUUCUUUCUUUUUAUGGCGGCCCUAAAUACUCUGUCAAAACAUCUGCAGAAUUUGUAGGAGAAAAAAAAGACUUGUGUGGUUCCGAAAAGAAGAAAAAAGAAGUGGGUUUAGCAUUUUGCAGCAUUGUGGUUGACUUCAAAAGGAUAGCCUUAGUACUGUAUGUUCACUUAAACCAGCCACAUGCUCUGUCGCUCACUGCUCGCCUGUCAAACUAGUGAAACUCGAACGGCGGCGUCUUCCAGCUCUACUUCCGGUGGCAUUUAUAUCCGAAAGAUUUCCAGAAAAAGUCAAAUAAAAAUAAACCCAGAAAAGAAGAUGGAAAGUUUUCAAUUGAAUGUGGCCUUAAAGAGAAAUCACACACAAAAAAGUUCUUAUCAGCUGUUUACUUGUGCGUAGCACAAAAGCAACGCCUCACUUCCUGUCACAGGAGCUCUGCCGCCUUUGCGUUCAUCCGCCGCAGCUUCAGCAGUUCUCCCAAAAAUUGUCUUUUCUUCAGUUUUUCUUUCUCAAAUGUUGGUACAAGUUUUCCUGCGAGCGCUGGAAACACUCGUGAGCCUUGUCUGGGGAAUCUCCUGUGGUUCCUCGCGUGUUUUGAACUCUUCCUGUCCGACUAGUUGCACUCAUUUCUGGCGACUGCACCCUCCUGUGGAAACGGAAAAAAGGCCUUCUAAGUGUGUUAUUUAAAAAAAAAAAGAAAAGAAAAAAGUGUUUCCGAACAGCAAUAUUGUACAGGUCAUGUCACCUUUUCUGUUUUACUUUUAAUACCUUUUUUUUUCGUUUUGUUUUUGGUUCGCCUGAGCACUCGAUCACCAGCCAGCAAAUCGUCAUGGAAACCGAGUCCGACUUCCACCGGGAUCCAAAUGUCUGCUCGCAGUUGGGGGGGUGGGGGUGGGGGGUGGGGUCUUUCAUUCAAAGGCAAUACUUGUACCACAGUAGACAAUGGUUUUGAGGUAAAAAAAAAAUACAAUAACUUGAAUGUCUGAUAACACAAGUCUUUCCCAAAUGUCAUUCAUUACCUUUGGAAAAUAGGAACACAAAAGGAUUGCGCCCCUUCUCACAAAAGAGAAAGAAUGAUGUCGUCCCCCACACUUUUUUUAAAAAAUUCUAUCAUCUUUGCCCACCUGUUUGUCAUUAAUGUUCAAUGUUUUAUAUUGUAAUGAUAUUUUUUAAAUUAUUGGUACAAAGUCUCCCCUUGUUUUUGUGUGAGAAAAUAGAACAGAACAUUCUAGCCGCUGCUUCUUUUUUUCUUGUUUUGUUUGCUUCAACAGAGGCGGAGGGCUUCAAGGUGUAGCAUUAAAAAAACAACAAAAGAAAAAAAAACAAAAACCAACAGAAGUGGCGCUUGUUAAGCUCUUGUCCGACUGAACCCUUUACGCUGCAGGUCCAAGGCCUUGAAAAACUGCAGAUUUCUAGCACCUCCUCAAAGCGAUGCAGCGUUAGCGCACCCCCCCCCCCCCCCCCCCCCCCCCCCCUAGAAAAGCCCUCCGUUUAGACUGUUGACUGUGUAUGAGAACUGGAGUGGCCCCGCCCACUUGGCCGGUUCCAAGAAUCCAAGACUUUGAUAGAGAAAAGAAAGGCAUUUGUCUCCUUUCUGCUCUAAACAUGUUCUUGCUAAUCCGAACCCCCACCCCACCCCCACCACCACAUUUUUUCGCUAGUGCGAAUUAUUGAAGUUAUUAACCGACCAAUCAGAUGCCUCAAUGACAGCAUGUGGUGUCACAUCAAACGCUCAAAACACUUGACUGGCAAGAGUGGUUGCCAUAGAAACGUCGACUCUGACCAAUCACUGCUUACUGACGACGCCUGGCUCCAAAAUGGCAACCCCCAUAUCGCUAAAGAAGAAAAAAAAAAUUCGGUUAGCCUUUUUUUUAUAUUUAUUGGUAUCACACUUGCUCAGUCCAGUUCUCUUAUGCAGUCAAAGGUUUAGGUGUGUGUGUCUGUGCGUGUGUGUGUGUGGGGGGGGGGGGGGGGAUGAGGAUUGUUUACAUGUUGCCUCUAACCCCCCCGCUAACCGGAGCAGCUUUGUCUCAUCCGCUGAAACUCUUGACAAUCGGAGCUCGUUUACAGGUUUUGUUUCUCCUCAUGUGCACAUGAGGGGGGGUGAGAGGAUAGGUAUAAAGGUAGGGGGUCUGUGUGGGGGAGGGGGGCAGGGGCUGUCACAUGUUACAUGCCUUCUCAAAGUGCACAUUGUAUUAAUACUAACCCGGCAACAGAGCUUUUUAUAGAGAUGCCAUUUCUUUAGCAUUUUUACUCUGUUUGUUUUGUUUUUGUUUUUAUUCGUCUUUUUCUUUUUUAUAUAUAUAUUUUUUACAUCUCCCCCAAAAAAUUACAAAUAAAACAAGCAGCUGUUCGUGUGUGUGUGUGGGUGUGUGUUUUCAUGAGCUCUGAACAAUGUAUGUAUCCAAUAAUAUGCCAAAUGUCUUUUAUAAUGUAGUUUUCAUGCACUGCUGAACUAAACCGAGUGAGAGGCAGCUUUAAAAAGACAAAAAAAAGGAGUGUGGAGCCCUUCUGUCGCUCUCAGCCUUACUUCUCCUUAAAACGUCGACACAUUUCUCACACAUUUCACGCUGACUUCAUCAUUGUUUGUCUUUAGAUGUAGUUUUCCUGUCUUUAUUUUGGAACGACUUCUGGUCGGUUUCUGCUCAUCUUUCUUUGGUUUCCCGUCCUCUCCUGCCGCCUCCACUCCUCUUUUCCACUAUUUCUAACGUCUCACUGUAUCUGUGUAUUACUCUAGUAAAAUGGUAAGCUGAGGUGUCAUUGUGGUAGUAUACUCAGUGCUCAAAAGGGUUGCUAAUAGAAACCUGUGCCGUUUGUAACAUUUAGCAAUAAUGUCAAAACAAAGGGGACGGUUUGUUUGUUUGUUUGUUUUUUAUAACAUAUGUUAGUUUGUUUUUUGUACAUAUUGCAGCUCCAGAUCAUGCUCAAAUCUGUAUGUCAUUAAAAGAAGAAAACAACUUGCAAUAUUGGCAUAAAAAGAAGAAAUUAAAAAUAAAAAAAGUGAUAU